AGACAGGAGGAGCUAGCCCAGGGGCUUCCUGCAUGGGAAGGUACUUGACUGGUACACCGAGAUGGUGUCGCUAUGAGGUUCUGGGACACACAGAGGGGGAGGUGCUGAAGCUAGCGCUGCCUGUGCCUGGCCAGCUGCACCAUGAUGCCCUUCGGGGGAAUUGCCUCCCGGCUGCAGAGAGACCGGCUGCGAGCGGAAGGGGUGGGUGAGCACAGCAAUGCCGUCAAGUACCUGAACCAGGACUACGACACCCUGAAGCAGGCAUGCCUGGAGAGUGGCGCACUCUUUGAGGACCCCCAGUUCCCACCUGUCCCCUCUGCCCUUGGCUUCAAGGAGCUGGGGCCAAACUCUGGCAAGACCCAGGGGGUGCGCUGGAAGCGCCCAUCGGAAAUCGUGGGGGACCCUCAGUUUAUUGUUGGAGGCGCCACAAGGACAGAUAUCUGCCAGGGGGCUUUGGGUGACUGCUGGCUGUUGGCUGCCAUUGGCUCCCUCACCCUCAACGAGGAUCUCCUGCACCGCGUGGUGCCCCAUGGACAGAGCUUCCAGGAGGACUAUGCUGGAAUCUUCCACUUCCAGAUCUGGCAGUUCGGCGAGUGGGUGGACGUGGUGAUUGACGACCGGUUACCGACCAAGGACGGGGAGCUGGUGUUCGUGCACUCGGCAGAGUGCUCCGAGUUCUGGAGUGCCCUGCUGGAGAAGGCCUAUGCCAAGCUGAACGGCUCCUAUGAGGCCCUGUCAGGGGGCAGUACCACGGAGGGCUUUGAGGACUUCACUGGGGGCGUGUCGGAAAUGUACGACCUCAAGCGGCCGCCCAGCGACCUAUCUAGGAUCAUCCGCAAGGCGCUCGAUAGAGGAUCCCUGCUUGGCUGCUCCAUUGACAUCACAAGUGCCUUUGAUAUGGAAGCAGUGACCUUCAAGAAGCUGGUAAAGGGGCAUGCCUACUCUGUCACAGGCUUCACUGAGGUGGAUUACCGGGGUCGCCAGGAACAGCUCAUCCGCAUCAGGAACCCCUGGGGUCAGGUGGAGUGGACUGGAGCCUGGUGUGACGGCUCCUCCGAGUGGGACAACGUGGACCCCACCCAGAGGGAGGAGCUGCAGCUGAAAAUGGAGGAUGGUGAGUUCUGGAUGGCUUUCAAGGACUUCAUGAGGGAGUUCUCCAGGUUAGAGAUCUGUAAUCUGAGCCCUGAUGCUCUGGACAAGGACAGCGUGAGCAAGUGGCACACGACUCUGUUCGAGGGUUCCUGGCGCAGAGGCAGCACAGCAGGGGGCUGCAGGAACCACGCAGCCACGUUCUGGAUUAACCCCCAGUUCAAGAUCAAGCUCCUGGAGGAGGACGACGACCCCGAAGACAACGAGGUGGCCUGCAGCUUCCUGGUGGCCUUGAUGCAGAAGCACCGGCGGAAGGAGCGGAAGAUGGGGGGAGACAUGCACACUAUCGGCUUUGCCGUCUACGAGGUCCCGGAGGAGGCCCAGGGCUGCCAGAAUGUGCAUCUGAAGAAGGAGUUCUUCCUGCGGAACCAGUCCCGGGCACGCUCAGAGACCUUCAUCAACCUCCGGGAGGUGAGCAACAAGAUCCGGCUGCCCCCGGGCGAGUACCUCAUCGUGCCCUCCACCUUCGAGCCGCACAAGGAGGCCGACUUUGUCCUGCGCGUCUUCACUGAGAAGCAGUCGGACACAGAGGAGCUAGAUGAGGAGAUCACCGCGGAUCUGCCAGAUGAGGAAGAGCUCUCGGAGGACGACGUGGACAGCGCCUUCAGGAACAUGUUCCAGCAGCUUGCAGGAGAGGACAUGGAAAUCAGUGUCUUCGAGCUCAGGACUAUUCUGAACAGAGUCGUCACCAGACACAAAGACCUGAAGACGGACGGGUUCAGCAUGGAGUCCUGCCGCAACAUGAUCAACCUGAUGGACAAAGAUGGCAGCGCCCGCCUUGGCCUUGUGGAAUUCCAGAUCCUGUGGAACAAGAUCCGGAGCUGGCUGACAAUCUUCCGCAACCAUGACCUGGAUUCGUCAGGCACCAUGAGCGCCUAUGAGAUGCGCAUGGCUCUGGAAUCAGCUGGCUUCAAGCUGAAUAACAAGCUGCACCAGGUGGUGGUGGCGCGCUAUGCCGAUGCAGACCUGGGCGUGGACUUCGAUAACUUCGUCUGCUGCCUAGUCAAGCUGGAGGCCAUGUUCAGAUUCUUCCGCAGCAUGGACGCCGAAGGCACCGGCACAGCAGUGAUGAACCUGACCGAGUGGUUGCUGCUGACGAUGUGUGGCUAGGAGCAGAGACGGACCCAUGCUGGCUGAAACACCCCGAUGGGCUGGGACACCCCACAGUGCCUCCCCCUCGGAUUUACAGACAUGAAAUGUCCAUCAUCACCCCCGCUCCUUGCCUCUCUGUCCCUCUCCCUCCCCAUCUCACACUGAGCCCAUGGCCCUCACCCCACCUCCCAGCAGGACACACUCCAGCGUCAUGUUGCCCCUUUUCGACCCAAGUGGCUAGUCAGUUUGGGGCCCUGCGGGUGUUCCAGCUGGGAGGAGAAGUUGGCGAUAGGCCAAUCUCUCUUUGAUGCAGUUUUGUUUAUUUGCAAAGAAUGUACAAAGUCCUGUGUCUGUGAAGGCAGAGGGCAUCGAAUAGCAGGAACCAGUUUCUUUGGGUCACAGCACCAAGAUUUGUCUUUUCACCUCCACCCCUGACCCAAAAACCUCUGCCCAGGUUUCUUUCGGGGUCAGCCACCAUGCUUUUCCUUCCGCCCGUCUCUCUCAUUCAGUCUGCCACCCAGUUUGUGUUAUUCCCCCAUACACACACACGCUCACCUGAUGACCAUACCCAGUCGUACCUUCUGCCCACCAGGUGCUAGUUUCUGGGCAGACUAUUAGGUUUUGUUUCAGGUGUGACCCCUUAGCUGUCUCUUAUGAUGGACUUAAACGAGGGACUUAUUCACACAUCAGUUAGAAGUUUUAACUCAACCCAUAACAAGGUUUCACCCAGCUUGUAACAGUCCCAAUGGCCAAGCCUCUCUAGCUCAUUCCCGAUUGUGGGCAUGGCUUGUACCCCGCAAUAGGAGGAGGUUGGGGAGGGCACAUGGGAGUAUGCUGCAUGUCAAGUCAUUGCACAUGGUCUUCAGACCAGCAACUCUAGCUGCAUGUAGCGGGGCGCCAGUAAGGGAUGGAACUUGACUGCAGGGUGCAGAGGAACUUGACUGCAGGGUGCAGAGGACCUGGCCCC